AUGGGGAAGGGGUGUAAGGUGGUGGUUUGUGGGAUGGCGUCUGUGGGGAAAACAGCCGUCCUGGAGCAGUUACUGUACGCCUCUCACACUGUAGGUAUGUGUGAUCAGGCCAUUCACAGGACACAGGUAGACAUAUACUGUGGAGACGUGAGGGAGCAGUUACGCCUCUACAACACUCGAGGUCUGCGAGAGGGGCAGGAUUUACCCAAACACUUCUUCUCAGCGGUGGACGGAUUCGUGCUGGUCUACAGCGUCGACAGCCUGGAGUCCUUCAGAAGAGUCGAGCUCUUGAAGAAGGAGAUAGACAAGUCCAGAGACAAAGAAGAGGUGAUGGUGCUGGGGAAUAAGUGUGACCUGCACGAGCAGAGGCAGGUGGAUCAGGACGUGGCCAGGACUAAAUCUAUUUAAAUGCACUAAUCAUUUCUUUGGUUGCAUUUGUGCUCACUGAUGGGAAAACGGUUGAACAUAUGAUGCACAACACUCACUGUGCUCAGCUCACUAUAAUAGUCAGUCACAGAAGCUGAGAAUUACUCUCUUUUUG